AAUGUAACAGCCAAUUAAUCUUUCACGAUCGUGCAUAUUAUUAGCCCUGUGUAAUUGACUCAAGUCACAUCUUAAAAUGACAUUCUUCUCAUAUUUGUCUACAUUUUAAACUGUCAGAUGAAUGUACGUGUAAUUAUGGACCGAGUUAGAUACUUUACAAGUCUAGGUGUUUUCUAUUGAGCACUGAUCAAUGACUCUGCAUUCUGCAAGAUGUCGGACUUCAAGGCCAAGUACCAAGCACUGCAAAUCCUGCAGCGCCUGGCAUCUGGUGAGAAACUUCCUGGCAAGGAAAGAAGUCCAAGCCUGUCGCCACGGAAACCGGGCAUCAGGAAUUCAGAUGAUAUCCUGAAGGAAAAAUACAACGAGCUUGCGGAGCUGGUGGCUCUCCAGCACCUAGAGAAGCAAGCUGUGUCGGCCCUGCAGAAGAUGUACGUUAGUCCGCCAAAAGGGGAAAGGAGAUCUAGGACAACGAGGAGGAGGAGAAAGGAUGGAGAGACGAAGAGAAAGGAUGGAGAGACGAAGAGAAAGGAUGGAGAGACGAGGAGAAGGAGGAAGGAGGAUGGUGAGAGAGAAGAAUCAAAGAAGCAGAGGCCGAUUUCUGCUUCAUCCUCCUCGUCUAACUCGUCGCAUUCUUCGUCUGCAUCAUUUGCCUCAAGGACAUCUUCUAUGUCGAAUUCAUCAAGGUCAUCCUCAAUGACAAGUUCAUCAAGGUCAUCCACUAUGACAAAUUCAUCAAGGGCAUCAUCCAGGUCCUCAAGGUCAUCUACUUCAUCAAACUCCUCAAGGACAUCCUCAAUGUCAAAUUCAUCAAAGUCAUCCACACGGUCAAAGUCAUCGUCCACCCCGAAGCCUGUCGAGAGGCACUUUGUCACUAUCGUAGAGGAGGAGGAGGAAGAGGAGGUUAUCGAUCAGGAUGCCAUCAAAGAAAGACAGAUUGUCCAAUUUGAUGAAGAGCUUGCUCAAGAGAACGAGGAGGAAGCAAAGCAGAAGAAAGAUGCGUCUAAACGAAUAAGGAAAGUUUCCUUUGUCCUGGAAACGCAGGAAAAGAGUAGCGAUGAUGAGGGUGGUAUGGAGGAACAGAUUGAGGACAUCCUUGAUGGAGAUGAGAGAUUUGUCCCCGGAGAGGAGAGCUCGCCUUCUUCUUCUAGGCAGCAAGGAAACGAUGGAGAACAUGAUAAUGCUGGAGAUCACACGCCACGCUACAUUGAGAUUGAGAACAGUUUACUGAGAGAAAUUCUUAGUCCAAGGUCGCCUCGUCGUGGAUAUAAGUUCUCGCAAAGGUCAGAGGAAAGGUCACCGACUAGGGAUAGAUCAAAAUCACCAAAGCGGAGGCAACAGAGUCCGUCCCCAAAGAAGGCAUGGGAAGUACCUCUUCCACCGAGACCUGUUAAAGACAUUAAUCCAUGUGAUCAUAAGCUGAGUAACACAGAUAAUCCUGAGAUCAAAAAAUGGUUGCGUCACAAGAAUGCUCUGAUUCGACGGGAGAGGAAGGCAGAGCUGAAGGAAGAGAGGGAGGAGCGAAGAGCCGCUGAGGCUGUCAGUCAGAAAAGAGACGAUAGACUUGCAGAGUCUGGAGAAUUCUAUGAUAGUUGGGUGAAGCAGAAGAAAAAGGACCUCAGGAGGCAACGUAGGAUUGAACGUAUUCUGGCAAAAGAGGAGAAGAGGAGACUGGAAGAAGAGAAUGCCAAAAGAGAGGAGCUGUUCCAAGAGAAGCUCCGCAUGUCUGUUGCUUCCUUCGGUGAGAGGGUCCCAACGCCAAGAAAAGAGAAAAUUCAGAGGACGAAGUCUGGGAAAUCCAAUAGUGGAGAAAACAGUUCGAAAUCCAAACGAAAGACAGAAAAGGAGAAAAAUAAGGUGUCAGAUGCUCCGGGAAAACAAACUUAUCCGUCUUCAAAUCCAUUCAAGGGAGUGACGUAUGAUGAAUGGAUGAGGCAAAAGAUGAAAGAGGAUGAGAUGAAUCAAAAGAAAGAAAGACGGAAGAAAAAGAUGGAUCCUGACUUGGAGGAUAUCAUCCCUAAUGUUGCUAAAGAGAGGAUCGAAAGAGCUAAGGUUGGGAAGGGAAAGAGGGUCAACACUGGUUUGAGGAAGGAGAAGGAUGAAAGACCAGAAUGCGAUCGCCCUUCAUCUGAAAAGACGGACGCCCCAAAGCCUUACAGAUGGUCCAAUGAUGAAACAAGCGCCUCUUCUGAGAAACAAAAUGCCAAAGGCAGUGAUGUCCAUGGCAGAGGGGGACUUCAGAGACCAACGACUGCCAGAAAUCACAUCCGAAAUGCACCCCGGCGCCAGAGGGCACCCCCUUCCAGUUCUGACAAGGCCCGGGGCCCUGCUGCGCCUUCCUUCGCCCGACCCGAGCCGCAGGGAAGCGAGAGUAACGAUGAUCAUUCCGAACACGGUGCAAAUAUACAGAAGGGUAGGCCGACAACACAGAGGAACACAGAUGGUAAGAACAAUAAGGGCAGGACUCAAAAUGGGGAGGGGCGGGUCUGGGAAAAGGCUCUAGUGGAAAAAAGCCACUCACAUACUGUCCCUGCUCCUGAAGAUUUAUCAGUCUUUUUAACAGAAUUUGAUGGAUAGGUUCAAAUUUUAUGUUAGAGCCAAAGCGAUGUUAAUCAAGGACUUACAUAUCCUUGAGCAAUAAAAAAAUUGUUAUGUCACUUCUACAAUUGUGGAAUAUAAAAUCACUUAUGCAAAUUGGUAAUUUUGAGGUUGCAAUGUGUAAUUUUGGUCUUGCAUGUGUAGUGAAAGUGAGGCACAGAAGAAGUAGGCACAACUUUCCAGAUGAUGGUAUGAACAUUUGAGUCGAGGUUAAGAGAAAAAAUGAUAUUUUGGUUCUUCCACAAAAUUGCCCAUUUCAUUUACCCGAAUGGCACCAUAUUACGCAAAGAAAGUGACAAUCAGAAAAGGUAGGAAGAAUUUUUAUCAAUGUUUUUUUGAAAUACUGUAUGCUUGCAGAACUGAAAUUCAGUAAAUACUUCAAAUUAGUUUAAAAUCAUAAUCUUUAUUUUGGGGGUGGGGAGGGGUGCCUAAAGAGCUGGACAGGGGGGAAAUGACACUUUGAAGCAGAUGGGGUGCAAGGUGAAGGGCAUAAUUUGACACAUAUUUAACACUCAUAAGAAUUGCUUGGGAAUGAAAUUGUAGAAAUGUACGAGGAGAAUUUCACCUUGAAGUUGAUAAAAUGCAGUGAUUGCACGUCCAUAUGACUUUGUGCAAAAAUAUGGACAUCACUAUACACCGUAUGCUGUAGAUUGGGUAAUAAAAGCUAUUUGAAAUAUUAGAUGUUUGGCCAGUGAUCAAGUAGUUAUUGUAGAUGAACAAAAAAGGUUAUGUAGUACAUCUUGUUGAAAAUAUGAUAGUACAUGUCAAAUAGAGUAUUAUAUUUCUGUGAAGUAGUGUUGUGAAAAACAUUAUUACAAGUCAUGUACACCUGUACAUGUGAAUCUAUUUAUUUGUAAUUUAGAUCCUCUUCAGCAUGCGUCUGGUAUUGGGUAUAUCAGCAAUUCUUUGACGGGUAGCCCAUGUAUAACAUGUCUUGUAUCCGUUCAAUUUAUCCAAAUUGCAGAAAGGAAUCUCUUGAUAUGAUCAUUAACUAAGUAAUGGUAUAGAUACAAUGU